AUGUCAACCACGCAAGUCAAAGUAGGCGACACCAUUCCCAAAAAUGUAUAUUUUGGAGAGUUGAAAGAUGGCGAAGAAGACCCGCAAAAAAUUACUAGUGACGAAAUAUUCAAGGGGAAAAAAGUUGUCAUUUUUGGAAUUCCGGGUGCUUUUACGUCUGUUUGCAGUGCCAAACAUCUUCCUCAAUUCGUUGAUCACAGUGAGGAUUUUAAAAAGAAAGGAAUUGAUACCGUCGCCUGUGUUGCUGUUAAUGGCAAAGAAUGGGCAAAGGCACAUAACGUCGAAGGAAAAGUGAGAAUGCUCGCAGACGGUGACGGAGUUUUCCACCGUGGAUUAGGACUUGUACAGAAACUUCCGUUUUCGGGUGAACGUGGUCUUCGAUUCUCUGCAUAUAUAGAAAAUGGUGUUGUCAAGAUUCUUAAUGUGGAAGAGCCUGGUGCACUUGGGUAUAAAGUUAGUGGUCCCGAAAAGAUGCUAAAAGAUUUAGAUGAGUAG